AUGUACACAAAUACUUUGUUUGGACAAUCUGGAGCUGAGAGACUGGAGAUUCCGGUCAAAUGUGCAGUGCAAAAAUAUAUAUACAUACGUUAUGAAAUAUCAGAGCCACGUGUCCGCUAUUAUCCUGAUGACGACAACAAAUACGACGUAAAGCUGGCCGUCUACAGCGACGUAAAGUACAAAUCACUAUGGCAACCAGACAAAACCAGCAUUCUUCCCGAGAAGCGUCUCUAUGUGGACCUGAGAUUGAACACCACCGAUGUCGAUCUUAAAAUAAUAAUCAGGUUUUUUGGUACCAACCAUGGUGGUCUUAUCAUGAACAGUUGUCCAUUGAACAAAAACGUGCAUAUCCAGCAAACUGGGGAUGAUGUGUUUCGCUUUAGUUUUCUACCGAUAGAAGCGCCUAAACGUUUGGUGCUAAAAUUCAAAAUAAAUAUCUGUGACAGGAAGGAGAAAUGGUGCACCACGAAAUGUUCGACAGCACCCAAAACGACAUCGAAGCCAUGGAAAUAGAGACGGAAUGAUGAUAUAAUGAUGAUGAUGAUGAUGAUGAUGAUGACAUAAUGAUGAUGAUAUAAUGAUAAUGAUGAUGAUGAUGACAUAAUGAUGAUGAUGAUAUAAUGAUGAUGAUGAUGAUGAUGACAUAAUGAUGAUGAUGAUAUAAUGAUAAUGAUGAGGAUAAUGAUGUCGACAAGGUAAAAUAAAUGUAAUGGCAGUGGUAAUGGUGCUUUCGUGAUCAAAAUAUUAAUGACUACAAUACAUUGUAAUUUGAAAUAAGACAAAAAAUAACCACUGGUGAUAUCAUCACCAUCAUCAUCCUCAUUACUACUACUACUACUACUGAGGUUGUUGCUGUGAUGAUGCUGAUGUUGCUGAUGACAGUGACGACGACGAUGACAUAGUUUUACAUUUACGGAUUGGGUUCAAUUUUAAGGUUAUUAUUAUUACUAUAUGUAAGAUAUAAAGAUGUUUGUUGGUUCAGGUUUUAUUAAUUUUGCGGGAAUAUUAUUAUUGUACAUUUUGUGAUUCAUAAUCACUAUAUAUGUUUCCAAAAAAAAGUAUCGCAUGGGUGUUUGUGGGAGGCAGGUUUUUUUAACAAUUUUGUUUUAUGCAUCGUGAGAGUAUAUAUAUAUAUAUAUAUAUAUAUAUAUAUAUAUAUAUAUAUAUUCUGACUGUAAGAGAGCAAAACGGACAUUUCGAUAGCGCAAACUGUGCCUACCAAACGAUAGUCAAAGAUUCCCGCUCUAAUACAACAAUCCUGUUUGACGUUAAAUAUCUUUUUCACAUAUUAAUGACUAAUGCACACAGUGCCUCCUCCUCCCUCCUCCCCCCAUAUCCAUAUGAUCAUUUCAGGAGAAAGCUACUUUGAUUGGCUGGUUUAGGAUAUAGUUGUUUUAGACUAUCAUGCAAUUACAGUUUAUGUUAUAUAUUACUAUUUGGUCUAACUUUCUAAUGCGAUUCCAAACUCACAUUUACAUAGUUAUUUAUGUUCAGUGAACUAAUGAUCUCCAAACUGCACGUGUAUAAAAUUCAAAUUUUCGUUAAUAAUUAUAUUUCAACAUAUUUGAAAAAUCAGGCUAAAACGAAAUCCGGUAUAUUAUAUCCCGAACUAAAUUAAUGUUGUUGACUUUAAAAUUAAUCUUAUUUUUUUAUCCGAGCGUUGCAGUGUAUUCGACCCUUCCUUGUUCGACCCAACGAAAUUCUAAUAUGUAUAUAUAAUCAAAACAUUAUAUUAAUCAAUUUUAUUGUUCCUAUGAUUUGGGUUUUUUUUUCCUGUUUACCACUAUUACUUAUUAAAAUGAAUGUGUUAGUAUUUUGGAAUGUUGAGUUGUUGCCGGUUUUAUUGUAUUUAUGUUUUCCAUUAUAAUAUGCAGAUUUUGUCUGUUCAUUUCCUUAAUCAUUUCUGUUGGGAUAAUGUACUUGGUUUUUCAAUAUGUAUUUUUGUUUAAAUAUGAUAUUUUUGUGGGAAUAAAUAAUAAUUUUGGUUUCAUAAACGAAUUAUUGUUCUUUACUGCAUGCUGUUUCUCAACAGUGUCUACU